GAUUGAGCGAGUGUUGAUGUGGCCACGGUACAGCUGGUAUUUAAGAGCCACGCCCGUAUACUUAAGCAAAGUUUGGAGCUGAAUUAGUCUCUGUUAGUUCACUGGCUGAACGCGCGGUUUGUUCCUGAAUCAAAAUGGCCGAUAUCCACGAGUUAUUGUUGGGCGUGUGCCUGGCCGGUGAUGAGAUCUCCUCUGGAGCCACAGUGAAGCCCUACCCAAACUUCAACGCUGAUGAUGAUGCCGCCAAAUUGGUGCGUGCCGUGGAAACCAAAGGAGUGGAUGAGCACACCAUCAUCGACAUACUGACCCAUAGAAGCAACGCUCAGAGACAGGACAUCGCAUUCCACUUCCAAAAGAAGACAAAGAAGCCGAUGGAGGAGAUGAUGAGCUCUGCCCUGAAGGAGCCUCUGAAGUCGGCCAUCCUGGGGCUGAUGAAGCCCCCAGCCAAGUACGACGCUCAGGAGCUGAAGAAAGCCGUCAAGGGCCUGGGAACAAAUGAAGCCACCCUCAUCGAGAUCCUCUGCUCUCGCAACAACAGGGAGAUCCACGAGAUGGGCAGGGCCUACCAGGAAGCCUACAAGAAAGACAUGAUAUCGGACAUCAAAGGCGACACAUCUGGUGAUUUCAGUAAGCUCCUGUGUAUUUUGGCCAAGGGUAGCCGGCCCGACCCGUCCAAUGUGGAGGAUCAACCCCUCAUCGAUGCUGAUGCCAAGGCACUACACGAAGCGACGAAGCUGAAGAAAGGAAUGGACGUGGCCAAGUGGAUCAGCAUAUUGACCGAGAGACACAUCCCUCAUCUCCAGAGAGUUUUCCAGCGGUACAACGUCCACAGCCCCAUCAGGAUAACUGAAAGUGUCAAAGAUGACAUCUCCAAAGACCUGAAGUGCAACUUGGUGGCCCUGGUGCAAUGCAUCCAGAACACGCCCGAGUUCUUUGCUGACAAGUUGUCCCAGAUUAUCAAGGGUGACCUGAAGCGGGACGUGCUGACCAGGAUCAUGGUGUGUCGCUCCGAGAUUGACCUGCUCAACAUCCGCAGAGAGUUCAAAAAGAAGACUAGCCAAUCUCUCCACCAAUGCAUCAAGGUGGCCAUCAAGGACGACUUUCAACGUGUGCUGCUGGCCCUGUGUGCGGGCGAUGACUAGCGACAGCAAGGACAUGGCGCUCCCCACCCCCACUCCCGACCCGGGGAGGCUGGAUGCUGCCAGGACCACUCCACCCCCCCUCAUCAUCUCAUCUAACUCCAAAAUAUUCCCGCAGUGUGCUCUCGUGAGAUUGUGACCGAUUGUAACCAGAUAAUAAAUGUUUGAGAACA